AUGUCAAGCCCACCAGCCUCAUCGGGUCCCUCAGCUCCGCACCUGACAGGUCUAAGCUUGUAUCUGGUUCUCGGCGCUGUGUAUCUUUCUAUAUUAUGCCUAGCAAUGGAUAGGACCAUGCUUUCGCCGGCGCUGGGAACCAUUACCAGCGAAUUCGGAACAAUCAAGGAUGUAGGAUGGUACACAUCUUCAAACCUGAUGACGACAGCAGCAACGCAGUGUCUGUAUGGCGCAGUGUACAAGGUCUUCAACACAAAAUGGACAUUUGUUGCCUCUAUCGUCCUCUUUGAAGUUGGAAGCUUGAUAGCUGCAUUGUCCCCAACCAGUAGCGUCCUGAUAUUGGGUCGCGCGGUCAGCGGACUUGGCGGUGCCGGACUCUCCAGUGGAUCAUAUGUCAUCAUAGCCAAGGUGGUCCCGCUACAGAAGCGAGCCUCAUUUCUUGGCCUCUUUGGCGGAAUUUGGGGCAUCGCAAGCAUAUGUGGACCAUUACUUGGUGGAUAUUUUGCCGGGAGCGUCACCUGGCGUUGGUGCUUUUACAUCAAUCUCCCAAUCGGAGGAAUGACACUUCUCGCCAUGUUGUUUUUUCCCUCACCGAAUACAUACGAUGAUGGAAAGAAUCCGAAAAUGACUUUCAUCUCAAAACUUCUUCAACUAGAUCUAUUAGGCGCGGCUGCCCUCUUGCCGGCCGUCGUCACGCUGUUGCUAGCCCUCCAAUGGGGAGGUGGCGAGUUUUCUUGGUCGUCUGCUGCCAUUGUAGGCCUUUUUUUAGGCUCUGGGCUUCUCUAUGUUAUAUUUGCCGUGAUUCAAAUAAAGCGGCAAGACAAAGGCUUACUACCGCCGAGCCUCUUUAAGGAACGCGACGUAGCCUGCGGCAUGCUGUAUAACUUCUUCUUUGGAGCCUUCUACUACGUCAUGCUUCCAUAUCUUUCCAUCUAUCAUCAAGCAGUUCAAGGUGUCCACGCAAACCAAGUCGGACUUAGGCUUUUGCCUUUGUCGCUUGCGGCAGUACUGAGCUCUACAUUGAGUGGAAUCGUGAUUAGCCGUCUGAAGACCUACAAUUUUGUUUUGUUAGUGGAAACUGGCGUUGCCGCUAUUGCGGCUGGUCUUAUGUUAAGAUUCUCAUUGGGAACGCCGGCGAGUUAUUGGAUACCGAGUGAAAUUCUAUGGGGUCUCGGCGUCGGUGCCGGCUUCCAAAUCGCGCAGUUGGUUCUGCAAAACACUGUGCCAUAUCACAUGAUACCACAGGCAUCAGCUGGCGUGCAGUUCUUUGGCAUCCUGGGCGGAGCCGUGUCAGUAGCAUCAGCCCAAGCAGCUUUCCAGAAUGGACUUGUUGAUGCCAUGAGAAAGAACGUCCCGCAGGUGACCCCAAACAUCGUCGUCAACACGGGCGCCACGCAGCUGAGACACACGCUCGAGAGCCUGGGACAACCGGACACCGUUAUCCAAGCUGUUCUAGAUUGUUAUGCAAUUGGAUUGAAGAAUACUUUCUACAUAUGCACUGCUGCCGCUACAGCUUCAUUUUUUGUAGCUCUUGGAUUUCGUUGGAAGUCGCCGGCGUAUAUAGUCCCAGCAAGGUCGAAUUAG